CUAAAGAAGCCGGGGGUCAUGGAAGAGCACCUUAUCAAGAUUAUUUCCUUCCUUUUUAUCUUCUUCUUAAGCAUAAAAUUACUAUUCUCCAGAAAAAGACAAAAAAACCCACCACCAAGUCCACCUUCUCUUCCGGUAAUAGGCAACCUUCACCAGCUGAAACAGCCGGUACACCGCACCUUCCACGUCCUAUCACAAAAAUACGGACCUAUUUUCUCUUUCCGGUUCGGCUCACAGCCGGUCCUCGUCGUUUCAUCUGCAUCCGCCGCCGAAGAAUGUUUCACCACAAACGACAUCAUAUUCGCGAAUCGUUUCCCUUCUAUCAAGACCAAGUUCCUCGGCUACGACAACACCAUUCUUUUAGCAGCAUCCUACGGCGACCACUGGCGGAACCUGCGACGUAUCAGCUCCCUCGAGAUCCUCUCAUCUCAUCGUCUUAAUUCCUUUUCGGGAAUCCGAAUCGACGAGACUCUGAAGCUGCUCCAACAUCUGGCUCGAGCCUCCAACAAAGAAGAGUUCACGAGAGUGGAGUUAAGGUCCAUGUUCGCGGAUCUCACAUUCAACACAAUCAUGAGAAUGGUGUGUGGAAAACGCUACUACGGCUCCGAAUACGAGGGGACCAACGCUGAGGAGGCUAAGAAGUUCAGAGACCUCAUGAAUGAAAUGGCUCAGUUCGGGUUGGGAUCGCACCUCGGAGAUUUUGUGCCUGUCUUCAGAUGGUUCGAUUUUAACCGUAGCCACACGAAGUUACGAAAAGUUGGAGAGAAGAUGGACGCCCUGUUUCAAGGACUCAUUGACGAACAUCGGAACAAAGAUCAAGACUCAAACACCAUGAUAGGACGUAUGCUGCAUUUACAGGAGUCACAGCCUGAGUAUUACACCGACCAAAUUAUCAAAGGCCUUGUAAUGGUGUUGAUUGUGGCUGGAACAGAGACUUCCGCUAUAGCAUUAGAGUGGGCCAUGUCGAAUUUGUUGAACAAUCCGGAAGUGUUGGAAAAAGCAAGGAUUGAAUUGGACACCCUGAUCGGAGAAGAGUGUUUGAUGAAGGAAGAGGAUGUAAGCAAAUUGCAGUACCUUCAGAAUAUAAUCACUGAGACUCUGCGAUUGCAUCCUCCAGCGCCAAUGCUAUUGCCUCAUUUCUCCUACGAAGAUUGCACGGUGGGAGGGUAUGAUGUACCAGGUAAGACCAUGUUAAUGGUGAAUGCAUGGACCAUACAUAGGGAUCCGGAGCUGUGGGUUGACCCAACAAGCUUCAAGCCGGAGAGGUUUGAGGAUGGUCCCAUAGACGCAAACAAGCUAAUGCCUUUUGGGUUGGGGAGGAGAGCGUGUCCCGGUGCAGCCAUGGCACAAAAAACUUUGAACUUGAUUUUGGGUUCGUUGAUUCAAUGCUUUGAAUGGGAAAGGAUCGGAGAAGAGGAAGUUGACAUGACCGAAGGACGGGGAACUCUGGUGCCCAAGGCCAUUCCAUUGGAGGCCAAAUGCAAAACGCGUCCAAUCAUUAGCAAGAUAUUCUGAUUUUUCCCUUGAUUGUUCAUUAAUGUACAAUCACAUUAUCGCGUUGAA